CUCCGCUCUCGUGAGACCAGCUGCACCUUUCGUAUAGCAAUCAAGCCACGCCUGCAGCCCCGGCUUCUACCACAGCAGCAAGUGGUUGGAUUCGCCGUCUCCUGUGUCUGUACUAUGACUUAGGCCGUCUCCUCUGUCUCAGGGACUCCAGAGACGUCGACCAGAUUAAUCCCUCACUGCCAAACAAGGCGCAUAUACUAAGCUAGCAACCCGCCACCCCUCAGAGUUAUACAUCAACCAGCAAUGCGGUCACGAUACCGCGCAGACAUUACGAGCCCCAUCCCCGGCAAUUUACCAUCUGAGGUCGUCGUGGCCUUUCUGCAGACCUUUACUCCCAUCAUACGCCAUAACCCUGGCAUGGUCAGCUUUGAGGAAUCGCCGUCUAACCCCAGCCUUAUUGAAAACGAUCCCUACUUUGGGCCUUGGGACAACACUGUUCGCGCCUUUGAGGUCCGUGAGGUUAUCCAACUUGCCCCUGGCCUUCGCCGAGAAACAAAGUGGCCCAUCGUCUUCCAGUGUGUACCUAAUGGCGCCCUGUGUCGAGUUAACGCCCCGGGCGGUAUUAUAACGUGGACCCAGUGGACCGUUCGUCCACUGAGCGAGGCCACCGUCUCCACCAACUUGGACGGUAGCCCUGGCACGGUGGCCAGUUUGGACGAUAGCCCAGGCACAAUGACCGCUUUGGGAGAAGAGUGGGAGCUGUACGGGGAGACACACCUUGAGGCGAACAGUCUUAUGAUACCCUUUAUUUUUCCGAUGACUUGUAAGAUUCUCCGCGAGAUGAGUGGACGGAUUGUGGACGAGGUAUUUAAGAGUUACUUUGUUAAUACACCCUAGCUUAUAGUUUUAGUUUGUUGGGGGCGAUAAUUGAUACCACAGAGCGAUACACGACUGGUUUCGAUUCUAAACUGUUCACAAGUGGUUUGCCGAGCUAAACUGUUGUCUUACGGAUAGCAGACUCGAUGAAUGAGAUUGCAAACUAAAUAGACGGUAUGUAUCUUAUAAGUAGCAGUAGUAGCUCUGGGAGAGCUCUACUAGAGCGAAUGAGGUCGAGACAAGAUGGUGUGGCUGAGCUUAUGCAGAUGGUCAGCAUAACCACACGGAGCCGGGUUUCGGGCGAAAUGCCGCAAAUUGCAGGGUUGACCAUCCUUCGUCUACCAAAUCCGAGAGGUGAUGUUUGCUAAGCACGGCGUCAAAAUACACAGCAGAUUAGGCGUAGACAAGAUAAAAGCAAAGCUUUACUAUGACGAAUGCAAAAGUUGCAUUCAAGGUGGCAAAGAGCAUUAUUGUACCGAUGAAAGACCC